UAGAUAAUCCAAUAAAAAAUCGAUAAACAUUCUAAGGAUUAAAGCAUUAAACGGCUAAUUAACAAUAAGGUGUAAUUGUAAAAUUACGAAAGGAAGGUAAUACUUGAAAAUGCUGAAAUACCACUUUCUACACAAUAACCUGAUACUUAUAGGUGAAGAUAGUCGUAACGAUCGAAAUAUAAGAACAAGUCACAAUUAGUCACUUCUUCUAUCCUCUUGUGAAAAGGAUACAAGGGCUUUUAACUUUCUAUUAACUUCCCUAUAUAUGAAAGAAAAGUCUUUGAGAAGAUUUUCUCAAAUAUUAUAGAUGUGUAUAGGACUUUAAAACUUAUUGUCUCUUUAAUAUUUUAUUCAAAUCAUAUUAUCAGAUAGUAGUAGCUACAAUUUGGAUACUAUAAACCAGAAAUUCACUAAACAGUCACUUAAUUCGUACCUUUUGCUGAUUGGUUAAUUGUUGCCCCAGUGCGAUAGUUGAUUGGCCGAAUAUGGACCUCUUAAGUGAAUACAUUUUAGGGAAUUUAUCACAACAAUCCCAAUAAUAUGUCGGGAGGGUUCCUAAUUAAGAGAAUUCUCAGUGAUGAGAGGAAACAACAAGACGAUGAAAUUAUUGAUGUCGUAUCCACAGAGGAAAAUCUUAACGGUAAGAUUUAUUUUAAGGCCAUUAAAUCGAGUGAAACUAUUUCUGAUUUAAAAAGUUACUAAUGCGUCCCAAAAGACUAAAAUAAAAUUAAACCAGCAUUAAACCUUCAUGUCAACUCAACCUAUAUUAAUGUUCUGUAGAUUUCAACAUGGGAAAAGAAAAUCCAGAUUAUUCCGGAAUUCGUCAGGAAUUUUGGUCAGCUUGUUGGAAUGUUUCAAGACUGUCAUUGCUCUCUUAUCCAAAACUUUUUUCCAAUCUCAUGUAUCCAACAGCAUUAAAGACCAUUAAAGAAUCAUCAACAAUGCAAAAUUCCACAAAGUAUCCAUGCGAUGGCUGCGGAAAGCUCUACGUUACCUUCAACGGCUUGUCAAGACAUAAACAAUUUCAUUGUCAUGCUUAUUUUGGAAAACCUGAAUUUGUAUGCAAACAGUGUAAAAAGACUUAUUCUUCGGCUGGAGCUUUGAAAAUGCAUAUUAGGACUCACACUCUUCCAUGUAAGUGCCCAUUUUGCGAAAAAGCUUUCUCGAGACCCUGGCUUCUACAAGGUCAUAUUCGAACACACACUGGAGAAAAACCGUUUAGCUGUAAUGAAUGUGGCAGGGCUUUUGCAGAUCGGUCAAAUCUUAGAGCUCAUGUAAAAACUCAUUCAGUUGCUAAAGAAUAUGCCUGUUCAUGCUUAAAGACUUUUUCCAGAAUGUCUCUAUUAACGAAGCAUAAAAGGGGUAAUUCGUGUCAGUGAAAAUUUAUACUCGCUAUAAUAAAUAAAUAAGAAUAUAUAUAUAUAUAUAUUUGCAUAUAUACUGUAUAAAUUAUUUUAUAUAUAUAGUUUUAUUAAACCCAGAUUAUGGAAUUAUUGUUUCAUUGUUAAACUAUCAAAAGAUUAUUUAGAAUGUUCGAAAGAAAAAACCUUCCUUCGUCAUCUUUCUAGUGAGAUUUUCAGUCAAUCAUAUAUUUAAUUACGAUAAUGAUUAAUAUAACUAAAAUUAAUUAGUUGUAUUAGGUAUGAACAUAAUGUAUACAAGCGUUAAUCAACCUUUCUUUCCGGAUAAUUUGAAUUUUGAAAAAUUUUACUUAGUAUUUUAUUAUAAUUCCGCUAUACCUUUUCUCUUGACAAGACCAUAUGCAAUUUUUAUUUGCUGCUUCUGUGAUCUUGUAAGUGCUCCUGUAUUAAUGGGUGAUUAGCUUAUCCUCAUCUGAAAGAAAUGUGAAUCUACCUUAUUCAAAUAAUUAAUCCACUUGUUUUGUAGAAUAUUCGAGAGACAAAUGAAAAAUUUAUUAAAUUUGGAUGACAUUCUCAAAUAUCUUUAUUGUUAUCGUAGCAAACUGACUAAAUAUAAA